UUUCUAAAAGCCAAAAAAAAAAACAAAGGAAAAUCAAAUCAUUUGUUCAUCAAUGAAUCAACUUCCAAAAUGCGGAGCAAAUUAUGUGCCGCUAACUCCCUUGACUUUCCUGAAAAGGGCCAGCUCCGUUUACGCUAAUCGAACUUCGAUCAUCUUCGAGAGCACUCGUUUCACUUGGAGCCAAACCUACCAGCGUUGCCGUCGUCUCGCUUCCUCUCUCCUCUCUCUUAAUAUCCACAAGAACGACGUUGUAUCUGUUCUUGCUCCCAAUGUUCCGGCCAUGUACGAGAUGCAUUUUUCUGUUCCCAUGGCCGGAGCGGUGCUCAACACUCUUAAUGCCAGGCUCGAUGCGAAGAACGUCGCCACCCUUCUUCGACACUCCGAGGCCAAGGUGUUCUUCGUCGAUUAUCAAUAUGUUCCGGUGGCGCGGGAAGCUCUUCGGUUGUUGAUGGACGAGUCUCAACAAAAUCAGGCUUUGCUUCCAUUGGCGAUUGUCAUAGAUGACAUAGACUCACCUACUGGUGUCCGGCUUGGCGAGUUGGAAUAUGAGCAGUUGAUCCAAAUGGGUGAUCCAAAAUUCGUCCCGGAUGAAAUUCAAGAUGAGUGGGAUCCUAUUUCGCUCAACUACACGUCCGGAACCACAUCGAAACCGAAAGGAGUUGUUUAUAGCCAUAGAGGUGCAUAUCUAAGUACUUUAAGUCUGAUUUUGGGUUGGGAAAUGGGAGUUGAGCCUGUGUAUCUAUGGUCCCUCCCGAUGUUUCAUUGCAACGGGUGGACCUUCACUUGGGGAAUCGCCGCACGCGGUGGGACGAACGUAUGUAUGCGAAACAUCACUGCGUAUGACAUGUACCGUAACAUCACUUCUCACAGAGUAACGCACAUGUGUUGCGCGCCAAUCAUCUUCAACAUCCUCAUCGAGGCCAAACCGCACGAGCGUGGCGAGAUUUCCUCUCCCGUGCAAGUACUCACCGGUGGCGCACCCCCUCCGGCGUCGCUCCUCGAGAAAAUGGAAUCCCUCGGAUUCCAUGUCACACAUGCUUAUGGCCUAACCGAGGCCACCGGCCCGGCCCUGGUGUGCGAGUGGCAAGCCAAGUGGAACAAUCUCCCGCCCGAUAGCCAGGCAAGACUCAAAGCACGGCAAGGGAUCAGCAUAUUGACAUUAGCGGAUGUCGAUGUGAAGAACAUCGAAACCAUGGAAAGUGUACCCCAUGACGGAAAAACAAUGGGGGAGAUUGUGCUUCGAGGAAGCAGCAUCAUGAAAGGGUAUUUAAAAGACCCGGAGGCUACAUCCAAGGCUUUUAAAAAGGGGUGGUUCAUCACCGGAGACGUCGGAGUCAUGCACGCCGAUGGAUACCUGGAAAUUAAGGAUAGAUCAAAGGAUGUCAUCAUUUCUGGCGGCGAAAAUAUCAGCAGUGUCGAGUUGGAAUCGGUUCUUUACAGGCAUCCAAGAGUCCUGGAGGCGGCAGUGGUGGCGAUGCCUCACCCACGGUGGGGGGAGAGUCCUUGUGCUUUUCUAGCAGUAAAAGAGAACGAAUGCGGGCGGAAAGACGACGUGACGGAAGCCGAUAUCAUUACUUACUGCCGUAAAAAUCUUCCUCAUUUUAUGGUUCCAAAGAAGGUAGAAUUUGUACCCAAAUUGCCCAAAACUUCAACGGGGAAAAUCCAGAAGUUUCAACUAAGAGCUUUGGCCAAGACCUUCCAGAUUACAGAGACCAAAUCUACUGAAGUCAACAACGAUGUUCCUCAACAACAUUACGACCAGAUUCUUGCUUUGUCCCGCCUUUGAAUGUCGAAUAAAUUACAUACAUGCUUGUUUGUUUGUUGAUGUGGCGUGAUUGGAGAAAAAUAAUGCUCAAUUAUGGCUGACAAUGUGCA